UCCCUCAGUAUUUGUUUACCUUUUUUGACAGUCCCUACUGUCCUACUGGCAACACGCGCUUGCAGUCCGUUAGAAGAAGUAGUCAAAUUAUCUGGAUAACAAAGUAGGGAAAGCAUGUUGGGCAAAAGUCAGGAUCCAGUGUCAGGGCCUGCCCAGAGUGAGGAUGUCCACGAUCAGGGCCUGUCACGCACAGAAAGGAUAAAGGCCCAAGGAGUCACACUGAUGGACUCCAUCAAAAAGGGUCUGUUCGUGGUGGGCACUGCCAUGAUUGUUUUCUCGGCUUUCAGGAACUCUGUGACAUGGCAUCUACAGAAUGUGUGGGGAGCAUCAGGAUAUUUCUGGCAGAUUUCGUGGGAUUCUAUCUAUCAUCUGUUUGGUGAUAACGAUAUAUGGCUGGGAACUGUAGGGACUACUAUAUUCACAUUUGUCGUGUUCUGGGCUGGAAACAUUUUGCUGCUAGUACUGGACACGACAGGCUGGCCAGGCUUUCUGCUGAAGUACAAGAUACAGGAGGAUAAAAAUGUCCCUGUGGACAGGAAGAAGCUGAUUAAGGCUGUGAACCAGGUGCUCUUCAAUCAGAUAGUUGUGGGAAUACCAUUUUGCUAUGUCUUCACACGCUUUAUGAUUGAGCGAGGGUGCCAAUUCCACGGAGACCUUCCGUCCUUCACCUGGGUUCUCCUGGAGCUCAUCAUCUUCUCCCUUGUUGAAGAGGUGGGCUUCUACUACAGUCACAGGUUAUUCCACCACCCAAAGCUGUACCGAUUCAUCCACAAGCGUCAUCAUGAGUGGACGGCCCCUAUUGGGAUCAUCGCACUGUACGCUCACCCAUUGGAACACUGCAUCAGUAACCUCGCCCCCAUCGCACUUGGCCCCGUCAUCAUGGGCUCUCAUGUCGCCACAGGAUGGAUGUGGUUUGCUCUUGCGCUUUGGUCUACGACAGUGUCACACAGUGGAUAUCACUUCCCAGGACUACCUUCCCCAGAGGCUCAUGACUUUCACCAUUUCAAAUUUACACAGAACUUCGGAGUCCUUGGGGUCCUUGAUCGCCUCCAUGGUACUGACAACCAGUUCCGUGAGCACAUUACGUAUAAACGCCACAUCCUUUUUCUGAGCUCUGUUCCCAUGUCACAGCAGUUCCCAAAUCCCACUGAUGCCAAGGGCAAGUAACUCUAUCAAGGGAGCUAAAUGCUGUCACGGAUCGUUCGUCUUGGAAUCGGAAAAUGAUAGUACGUCUACGAUCUAGUUUGGAGUUCGGAUGUCAACGACAAUGGUUCAGUGAAUGAACAUGUAGUAUGUCACAAAAUGAAAAAUGAAAAAUAUUGAUUUAUCUGGCAUUUGAUUUUUCAGGGUUCUAGUAUAUCAUAAUAUACUUAGAUUAGCACAUUCCAAAGUAAAGCAAAUCAAUCUUUUCUGGUGAAAAGUUUAAUGUUUUGGUGUCCAUGUACAGGGAAAAUUCUGGAAUUUCAGAGCAGUGGGCCAUUUUCAGCAAUUUUUAUUCAAUAUCAAAGUUAAGAGGGGCCAUUCUAUGUAAAAUUAAAAGAAUAUUGGAACUUCAAGGGGUCAAUUUCAGUUUUGAGGGGUCAAUGGCCUCAUGGCCCUCUCCAGGACUAUCCCUGCAUGUAUAGUUUUGUGCACCAGUGUUCUUGCAAAACUGGCAAGUACAUCAUGUAUAAAACAAAAUGAAUAUUAGGCCAAGUCAUAUAUAUCAAGUCAUGAAAGAACUGAAUAUCUUGAAUACAUAUUGUGCAUGUUUGGCUAUGUACAUGUCCGUCGCGCUUGUUAUAGUGAUAUCACAGAUUUGUCAAUUUAUUUUUUUCGGAAUUGUAUUUUUCAAGCGAUAUUUAAUGUGCUUGUAAAGAUCUACCACUGAAUCUUAUUGACAGUGUCUAGACUAAAGUCUGUGAACUUCUCCAAUGGUGUCUUGAUCUGAUCAGUGUUUGUAUGUCACCGACAGUGUCUAGUUCAAUGUCUGUGUUUCCUUGUCCAGUGUACAUGUUUGGUGCUAAUGUUUAUGAUAAUGUAUGUGAGUUCAGCUGUUUGUUCUCCGUAACUUACUUAUAGACAUGGACAGAAUUUGUGAUCUGAAAUUUCAGUUUAUUUUAUUAUUCAUUCAGGUUUUUACAUGACAGAAAUUUUAAGCAGAAUUAUUUUUUCGUUUACAGGAAAAUUACCAAUUGAUGUUUUGAAUUGUAAUAUAUAACAUUUAUAAUUCAUAUAAUCAGGGCAGACUCUAAUUAUUAGUAAAGAUUUGAGACAAUUUAAGAAAGUAGUACAUGUAUACAUUUACAUAUAUGAAAAAUACAGGAAGUCAGUAUCUAUAAUAAUUUAAAGUAGAAAAUGUUUUUUUUGUGUUUUUUUACAAAAACUGGAAUUAACUAGUGGUUUAUAUGUAGGUUAUCUCCCUUAAAUUUACCAUGCUACAUUAUGUAUAUCUAGGUUGUGUUGGCGGUGGAUUUCAUGGCUUCCUAAGUUAGGUACAUGUUUUGACAAAAUUUUGUGAAAAAAUGAAAAUUAAAUCAUGCUAAAUGUACCUUGUAUUAUAAUUUAAAUUGAAGGAAUUUGUAGAAAUAUUUCGAUAUGAAUCUUUUAUUGCAACAGUAAUCAAACCUUACUAGUCUGGGAAAUUUUCUUAUGUGAUGUUGAAGUGAAAGUAUACAUAUUUGUAUGUUUCUAGUCCUUUUGUAUCGGAACUGUCUCCAUGGUAACCAAAUAAAAUAGGGAAGCUGAUUUACACCUUUCUUAGUAAUUUGGUAUUAUUUACUGUGAAAAUAUAAAGCAUCAGGAUGUUAAAGGUGCUUAAAAUGAAAGUUUUCGAUACAAUCACUCAAAAUAAUGAAGUUGUGGAAGAAGUGUCAAUUGGCGAAGAUUUAUUAAAAUAGUAAUAUGAUUGAGUUUUAAUUUAGGUUAGAAAAAUAUUUGGGUGAAAUCUAGCUGAUUGACAGGCAGUGUUUCGUUGCAUCCUGAUUCCUCAAUCGACGUGACAGUGAAUAUACAUGUAGGUGAUAUCACUCCCAAUUUUAUCUUGAUUGCCUGUUUCAUGCAAAAAACAUGUGCUUUUGUUUGUUAUGUAAUAACCUGUGUAAGACUGGA